AUAUAAGUUACGAAACAACCUGGACCUGCGAUAUUUGAGCAACUGGAAGAGCUCAAUCGUCAGCAGCAGCAGCUAGCAACAGCGUUGGAGACUCUUCGAGAAGGCUAGGUCAGCACAGUGUCACCCGACACUUCCUGUUGAUCGACGACGGCAUGAGCAACGGCAUCGGACACCACCAGCAACUCAGCACCCAGCCAGCAUUCCUGCCUGCGUAGGGACUUUAGGGACUAGCGCAGGCCUCUGUAUAAUUUCAUUUUGCUUCUAAUAAAUCACUCAGUUUCAUUACCUCGACGUGAGCGGACCUUCAGUCCGGGAUUCAAAAUUUUUUAAAAAAACAUUCCGAACUACCAGAUUGUUAAGUGGCGCAGUCGUGGUCUGCCCGUGGAGUGCGCGAGUGAUUAGUGAAAUUUAACAGCGGGACCAGCACCGGAAGAAUACUAGUGAUUGGAGAACGCAACCGUGAGAAUAUCGGACUUAGAUUUCGUGAUUGCACGCCACCAAUCGGAGCAGAGAACCUACAGCUCACCCGGAAAGAGUGAUUAGUGAAAUUCAGCGGCGGGACCAGCACCGGCAGAAUACUGGCGAACGGAGAACGCAACCGAGGGGAUAUCGGACUUGGAUUUCGCGAUUACACACCACCGAUCGGAGCGAAGAACCUACAACUCACCCGGAAGGAACCCAUCUUUGAAGGAACAUCAAGGAUUAGCGGUGAGUGAGAAAAUAUAAUAGUAUAAUAAAUUCUUUCGGAAAUAGAAGUGAAGCCGCUUUAGGAGAAAGAAACUGUGUCAAAUUUAGCUGCAAGAUUUUCUUUUUUUUUGCUUUUUCAAAAAUUAUCAUCUUGGUCGUGUUUAAAGAAAAAUUUAAUCAAAAUCUGUGUUUAACGAAAACAGAAGAAAAGUGAGUGAAAAAUUAAUCAAAACGAAAUAGUGUAACGAAAUCAGAAGAGGAGCAAAAUUGUAUUUAUAAAAUUAAUUUUUAAAUCGCUUUUUCAAAAUUAUUUUCUCAGUCGUGAUUUUAUGCUAACACGUAAAAUGGCGGAAGAGAUUCAAGCUGCUUUAGACAAACUUCGUGAAGAUUUAGAGCGGCAACGAUUGGAAAUUGUCGAGUUACAAGGUCGUAAUGAAAACGAAUUAUUCGGGGAUCCUUCUGAUGACCCCGAAGCUGCAGUAGAAAUGCCAAUACCUGAAAAUAAUUUCAAAGCUUCAAAAAUUCCAGAUGCUAUUAAAAUGAUCGUACCCUAUCAUGGGGACCCAAAAACACUUGCUACUUGGAUCCGGUCUGUAGAAGAAAAAGUAAAAUUUGCUUCUGAAGACUGCCCAUCCGAGAGAGACCGAAAAAGGGCAUGGCCACUAUGGAUCAGAGACAAGAGAGACUUGAGCACUCUCGUCACAAACAUUUCAUACCUGGAGCAAGGAGCAAAAGACAUUGUCCAAUUUUACAAAGAAUGCAGAGAAUUACUCUCUGACAUUACCGCCAAAAUAUCUAUAGAUCGAGAAUUGGAAAGUUGUGCCAGAACACUAACCGGAAAUUAUGAGAACAUGAUUAUGAACUCAUUUAUUGAUGGGCUUAAUGACCCAUAUUCAACAUUAACUAGAACAUCCCAGCCUAAAUCAUUGCUAGAAGCUUAUCAGAAUACACUUGAUCAAUUUAACGCAAAUCAAAGAAAAAAACAACGCUUGAGAACGACGACCCAUAGCCAUAAAAUUACAUCUCAUAAAUAUGGCCCAGUUGUCAAAUAUAAUUCAUUUUCCCAAUCUACAACACCAAACAAUCAACAAAUACCAUUACAAUCGUAUUCUCAACCAGGGCCAUCCAAACCUUUUUUCAAACCAUCGUUUCCUCAAUCGAAACCCCAGCUUCUUCAAAUAAAAGCCGACCCAUCGACCCAAACUAGACAAAAUCGGUGGCCUUAUCCACAAAGACAAGGUGGCGUAAAUUAUCAUGAAGCUCCUGAAGAAAUUCAAACAGAAGAAGAAGUAGAACAAACACCUGAGGAAGUCGAAGAUCUAAAUUUUUGUUUAACGGACGAAUUGGAGAACGAAACCUAACUAAUAAUUUCCUCCCCUACUACGAAAUAAAAUCAAACAAUUUUGGAAAAAUUCGGCUAUUAAUAGACACUGGUGCGAAUAAAAAUUACAUUAAUCCAGGUCUAAUUAUUUCG